AUGAAGAUUCUCCUAUGUCUUUGCAUUUGGGCAGCAGCCUGGGCCAUCCCAGUUCCUCAAAUCAAGCCACUGGAGAGACAUGGUACUGGCAAAUCUGUGGAUUUAAAUCUUCCAGAAAAAUUGAAAGAGACAAUACAGGAUGAUGAGUCAAAAGCAAACACCAAAGGAAACGGUGUGCCUCUGCAUGCAAAUGACAAAGGAAGGCAGUCAUGUACCAAAGACUGUUAUAAAGAUGAGAGAAAAGGCUCUGAGUGGGCAGAAGGAGGAGGAAAGAACUCUUUUGCACACCCCAUGCUAACAAAUGAAGUGGGUAACACUGAGGUUAAGAAGGCAGGUACAGGAGAACCAGGAACAUAUGGUCAUGAUGAGAUACACACACAAGAAGCUAGCACCCCAGCAAAUGGCAUCCAGGUACAAGUCAGCAUCACUGACAUGGCUGGAGCAGCAAGUGGAGCUGAUGUUAAUGGAAACACUGAUACACGUUCAACUUAUGGGGGUGUUGGAGAUGCAAGUCAGUGUGAGGACACCACUGUGGCCCAGGAAGAUCAGCAGCAAGGAACUGGGAACAGUAACAAUACCUACCCUGAGGAAGAAGUAAAUGGGGAUUCUUGUGGAAAUGAGGGUGAUGCAAGCAAAGUAACCCCUCCAACAGAAGGUGGACCAAAUGGGAAUGAGGAGACAGUGGUAACACCAGGGGGAGGUGCACCGGGAAUUAGAGGAGACGGUGGCCUGGAUAAUUCUGGUGGGAGUCCUAGUGGGGAUGGAACAGACGAGGAUGAAGACCAGGGCUCUGGUGAUGAUGAAGGUGAAGAAAUGGAGAAUAGAGAAAAAGGCCUUGUAAGCAAGGGCCCAGAGAGCGAGGGGCAUCAAGAAGAGGAUGGUAACAAUAGCUUAGAUGAAAAUUCACUUAGUAGUGAAGAUGUCAAAGAAGAGUCUCACGGCAUGAAUGGAGACAACAUCUCUAAGAGCGAGGAAGAUGCUGACGGUAUUCCAGUAGACAAUGGUAGCCAAAGAGUAGAAGACACCCCAAUAAUCAGUCACAAAGAAAACCAAGAUACAGAAACUAGAAUUACCCAAGAAUCAGAGGCAAGCACUACAGGGAAAUUCCCUGAUAAGGGAAUAGAAUUCAAAGGUCCCAGCAAUGAUGACAGAAGCAAUGCUACCAAAGAAGCUGGGGAUGUCACUGAAAAUAAAGAGAACAAAGGAAAGCAUGUCGUGAUUGUGGGGAAAGGUGUUGUCAAGACACAAGGAGAAGGUGACAGCCUGAAAGGAGGUGGCCAGAAAUCAGAACCUGGAAACACAGCUGGACACAGCCAAACCAAUAGUGCCAGUAACAGUGAUGGGUAUGACAGCUAUGAGUUUGAUGAUGAAUCCAUGCAGGGAGAUGACCCAAACAGCAGUGAUGAGUCUGAUGGCAAAGAUAAUGCUGGCUCUGAGAGUGACCAUGACAGCGGUAGCCAAGGAGAUGCCUCUUCUCUCUUUGAUGAAUCAAAAGAUAAUGGUGACGAUAGUGAUUCAAAUGGAGGCAAUGAUGACAAUGAAAGCAUAUCAGAUGCUAGUGACAGUGACAGUAAUGGUAAUGAUGACAAUGGGGGCAGUAACAAUGGCAAAUCAGACAGUGAAAGCAGCAUUAGCAGUGACAGUGACAACAAAUCAGACAGUAAUGAUGGUGGUGACAGUAGUGACAGCAGUGAUAGUAGUGACAGUAGUGACAGCAGCGAUAGCAGCAACAGCAGUGACAGCAGUGACAGUAGUGACAGCAACGAUAGCAGUGACAGCAGUGACAGCAGUGAUAGUAGUGACAGCAGUGAUAGUAGUGACAGUAGUGAUAGCAGUGACAGCAGUGAUAGCAGUGACAGCAGUGAUAGUAGUGACAGCAGUGAUAGUAGUGACAGCAGUGAUAGCAGUGACAGCAGUGAUAGUAGUGACAGCAGUGAUAGUAGUGACAGCAGUGAUAGUAGUGAUAGCAGUGACAGCAGUGAUAGCAGUGAUAGUAGUGACAGCAGUGAUAGUAGUGACAGCAGUGAUAGUAGUGACAGCAGUGAUAGCAGUGGUAGUAGUGACAGCAGUGAUAGUAGUGAUAGCAGUGACAGUAGUGACAGCAGUGACAGUAGUGACAGCAGUGACAGUAGUGACAGCAGUAACAGCAGUGACAGCAGUGACAGCAGUGAUAGUAGUGACAGCAGUGAUAGUAGUGAUAGCAGUGACAGUAGUGACAGCAAUGACAGUAGUGACAGCAGUGAUAGCAGUAACAGCAGUGACAGUAGUGACAGCAGUGACAGCAGUGAUAGUAGUGACAGCAGUGACAGCAGUGACAGAAAUGACAAUAGUGACAGCAGUGAUAGUAGUGACAGUAAAUCAGACAGCAAUGACAGCAAGUCAGACAGCAGUGACAGCAGCAACAGCAGUGAUAAUAAAUCAGAUAGCAGUGACAGCAGCAACAGCAGUGACAGCAGUGAUAGCAGUGAUAGCAGUGACAGCAGUGAUAGCAGCAACAGCAGCGACAGCAGUGAUAGCAGUGACAGUAGUGACAGCAGUGACAGCAGUGACAGUAGUGACAGCAGUGACAGCAGUGAUAGCAGUGACAGUAGUGACAGCAGUGAUAGCAGCAACAGCAGUGACAGCAGUGAUAGCAGUGAUAGCAGCAACAGCAGUGACAGUAGUGAUAGCAAUGACAGUGAUGACAGCAGUGACAGUAGUGAUAGUAGUGACAGCAGUGACAGUAGUGACAGCAGUGACAGCAAAUCAGACAGCAGUGAUGAGAAUGACAGCAAGAGCAAGCCUGGCGGUAAUGGUAACAACAAUGGAAGUGACAGCAGUGAUAGCAAUAGUGAAGGUAGUAACAGCCAUCACUCAACUAGCGAUGAUUAA